AUGCACCGCAGCAAAUUAGACCAGCAGGCGCACCGCCCCGAGGGGCCCCUCACCCUCAGCCAGCACCCCCCACGGCACCCAGCAGCUCCCACCAACCGCAGCCCACCCAACAAGCCCGCCGACCCGAACUCCCAGGCCAACCGGCCAGCUCCUGCCCUCGCCCCGUACCUCCGAGCAGAGCCUCCCCAGAGCCUGCCCCCGCCCCCUCCCGCAGACCCACCCCGCCCGACCACCCCCCCGCCCCCGACUAACUCGACCUUCCUCCACGACCCCCCAGCCCCGCCCGCCCCCAGCCCCAGCAGCCAGCCCCAGCCAGCCACGACACGCCAGAGCCCAAAGCACCAGCCCCCUCAGAAAAGCCCCCGACCACCCCCCAUCCCACCCAAGCGAACCCACGCACCAAAUACAGACCAGGCUGAGCCUGGAAACGCCGAGCCACCAGCGAGUGCCCCAACCACAGCCACAUCACAGCGCACCUACCCCGCCCUCAGACUACAGUCUCGUCCUGGGACCGCAGCCGGACCCCAAACAGCAGAUGAGUCCAGCAACCACCCACCCAGGGACCACAAUCAAGCUCACCCUAGCAAGCCCGUGCCCCCCCCCUACCCCACCAGCCCAAGCCAUGCAGCAUCCAGUCACUCACAGUCAGCGAACCCCUCCCCCAACGCAGAAGCAAGUCCGGCCUCGCAGCCACCCAUCAACGGAGCAGCCCACCCCCAACAAGGCCAGCAUACCACACCAACAGGCCCUAGCCCCCAUCCCACUUUAACCUCGCCCAAGCAGCCUGCACCCCCCCACCGCCACAGCCCGGCAAUGCACAGCCCCCCGCUCCGCACCCCACCAGCCACCCCCGCCCAACAGAGGCAACAGCGAAUGCCCCCACAGCAGCCCCCCCCCACCCAAGCCUCACCCCGCAACACCAGCACAGCACAGACCGCCACCAGGAAGCCCCCCGGCAACCCAGACCACCCCACACUCCAGGAUCCACCACGGCAGACAGACGCACCGUCCCCCCUCUCGCCCACAUCAGCAGAGGGCAUCCACCCCCGCACCGCCCCAGGGCCCCCACCGACAGACCCCGACACCUCCCCGCAGCCUCCCCCCCCCCCCCAGACAACCACGACCACCAACCAACCGCACCACCAGCACCUAGCACGCCUCACACCAACUGACCCCACCCCACCGACAGCCAGCCGAGCGCAGACCCACCACGCCAGCCAUCAGCACCCAGCCCAAGUCAGCAGCCCCUACGCCAGCAGCAUCCAGACACAUCCACCCAGCCCCCCCACCCCACACCCUAACCCCCAAAGCCGCCCCCCACCACACAACACACCCCCCCCCGCCCAAGCGCCGCCCCAGGAGCACCCACACCCCACCCUUCGACCCCACCCAGCAGGCGCGCACAGCCCACACCCAGCAGGCCCCCACCAGACCCCCAGCUACGCCCCAGAACCAUCACACCAUGCCCACCUCAGUCAGAGCGCGCAGAGGCCCCCUGCCCCCAAGCGAGCCCAGUCGAGACCCACCGCCGCCAGCCACAGCGCACCAGGCACCACCACCCGCCCCCCCCCACCCCAGCCACGCACCAAGCCCAAGCCACCCCCGAACGGCACCCACACCAGUUUCCAGCCCCUCAGGCUCCCCCAACCAGCAUCCCACCCAGCAGUGCACGCAGCCCUCCCGCCACACCCCCCAGCAGCCACAGCCACCACCCGCACACCACCCCCCACCGAUCCCAGCCACCCAGAAGCCCCAGCCCACCCCACGAACUCUAGCCCCACCCCAGAGCCGUCCCCCACCCCAAUACACACCACACCCACCGGCACCUCCCUCCCGCCCACUGGACAGCCCCGUGACCUAACACCAGCCUCCGCCAUCGCCCGCCGGAAAGCAGCACACACUCAGGCCCACGUUGUCAUCACCACUAGUCCGCAGACAGGCCCCAGCAGCAGGGCCAGUCAUGAGCUCCCAGCGGCGAACCCUCUGCACCCCCAACGCCCUCCAGCCACCGAAGCCGAGCAGCAGCCCCUCAAGAGGUACCCCCAACCGCCCACAGCCCAGACCAAACCCGCCACUAGGCCCACCAAACCGCAGUCAAGCACCCGCCAGCCCUUCCCCCACAACACCCAGCAGCCAACCCCCCAGGCCCGCCCAGCCCCGCUCCCUAAGCCAGCACCCGCCACACCCAACGAUCCAGGCCGCCACAGAACCCCCUCACGAGACAGCAAGCAAAGGCGUCCCAGCAGCACUAGCUCCACACCACCACAAGCCCGAUUCACCUCUUACACAAGACGCCAACCAGCCCCAGCCCCCCCAGCAGCCAGGAAGACCCCCAUGCCACUAGCCGCCACCACCGCCAGCGAGCCACCCCAAAUCACCACCAGCACAAGCAGCCCCAGGCUCAGGCCUCACACACCGCCACCCCCCAGCGAGCCAGCCCACCACAGCCACAGCAACCACCCCCACAACAGCACGCAUGACAGCCACACCCCCCGCCGCUACGCCCGGGUACGGGUCUACCAUUACAAAGACAGGGCAGUCACAGACAAGCACCCAACCCCAGCACCCCGCAGGCAAAACACAGAGGUAGGCCCAGACGCCCAGCCAUACUCCAACCUAGCCACGACAACGAGAGCCCCCCCACCCCACCAGCCCCACAGCCCCGCUUCCCCAACGCACCACCCAGCUCAGCCACCAGGCGCCCAGAGCAGGGAAAUCAAGACACAGCCCCCCCCACAGCCCGCCACCCCCCCCACAACAAAGCCCCAGCACACCAGCAACGCCCCCCCGAGCCCGUUCCGCGUGACUGCCGACAUCACGGCCAACGCAACACCGCCACCCUUCAGCCACCCUCUACUUAUCCAGCCCCGAACCCAGCCAGAACCUAGCACCGCAUACAUGAAGCACAGGCCCCGGGACUCAGCAGAGCACUCCCCUGACCCUCCAGAAACCCCCCCCAUCAGACCCGCCGGCGCACCCCCACCAGCCACAUCCCCCCCCCGUCCCGCGCACACCACCAGCAACCGGGCGACCCCCCACCGCAGACCCCCACCCAGCACCCCAGUCACACCAAGAGCCACCACCCUCCCCAAUGCUUCCAACCCCAGCCAGCCGCCACCCUAA